CUGACGUCAGACCUCGACUUUUGCCGAUCAUUAUUAAAGAUAGAACUGCUCAUUGAAUUUUGUUGCGUCCACCUGCUCCUGUGCAGCACAUAUUUUUCAACAUCAGACCUAGCUAGCACUGAAGAUAAUCCAUUAAUAAAUCGAUUCCAGUAAUAAAUCCUUUACGGCAGCCUGUACUGAACUUUGUGCGAGAUUUAUUAUAAAUAUAUAUGCUAUUGCAUUACCCCAAACGACAAAAAUGACGGUCAUGAUUGCCCCCGACGCAAACGACAAAAGUAUCAUCUCGUUGAGCAAUGGCGAUAAAAUGCCACAAUUAGGAUUAGGAACGUGGAAGAGCAAACCAGGAGAAGUGGAGGCAGCGGUCAAGAGUGCUAUUGACGCAGGCUAUAGACAUAUUGACUGCGCAUACGCUUACGGAAACGAAUGCGAAGUUGGCAAUGGUAAUAGAGGAACCUGGUCUGAAAGCUCUUUAUUAGACAACAUGAUGUGCUGGCGUUAAGUUAAGGUGAUUUGCUCUAUGUAUCUCGUACGAACGUAUGGGCCCUUAACUACUCUGCUGCCCCACUGUGUUCCGGUGUAAGAAUAAAUAAUAAUAAGGGAGCACUCUAGGCGUUUCCGGUUCGCGAUAUACUUUGUUACCUCGUGGCCGUGACUAUCAUUCUACUGGCAAGGCUAUGCCUUGUUCUGAAUCAGUCAGAUUCUAGUCCUUUCGCAUUUAUUAAUAAACGACAUGAAGAACACCUUCACCUAGUUCUUGCACAAGUAUCACACGCUAGCUGUCAAGUUACAGGGUGUCCCUGCGCUGCUGUCAAGUUUAUUAAGAUGGUUCGGCUUGUCUCGUAUAAGCAACAGAACCCGGCGAAGACUUUAACACGGGAAGGCCACAGACAAAAGCCAAAGCCUCCACAAACAAAAGACAAGCCGCGGUGGCGGAACAUCCGAGGCCCAUGAAGGUGAAGGUGCAACGCGCAAGCCCAAGAACCACAAAAGAAGAAAGGGGGCACAAACUGCCAAGGCAAUCAAGACAAAGAAGAGGCGGAAGAAAACGAUGACGAAAGGAACCGAUAGGGGAAAAGUCGACGGCCGCAAGGAAGGACACAGGGGGCGCGUAGGGUAGAGUGGUCCCAUGGAACGGACAGAACUCAGGCGCGGACACCGGCAACGCAAGGUAUUGGGAACGGGGGUGAGGAGCCAAAGGGGUGGGGCAGGGCGAUGACACGUAGUACAUGGAUCCACGUGAAUACUAAGAAGCGAGAAGCUUCCCGGAAUCUUCCCAGAAUCUUCCCGGAUGAAUCUAUCCCGUCUUCUCGCUAGCAAUGGCCCCGGAAUCUUUCCAGAAACUUACCCCAGUCACGACUGGGAAACUUUCUGGAAACUUCCCAGAACCUUCUCAGAAUCUUCCCAGAAACUUCCGAAAAGUCACAAAAGUGGCGAAGUUUCUGGAAAGUUUCCGCGAAGUUGCUGCCUUCGGGAUUCACGUGGCUGGAUGUUUCUAAGGAAGGGGCGCCUCCGUGGGUAGCGUUGAUAAGCUGAGGCAAGGGCCACGCGCGGGAACAUACAAAGACGACGAGAGAAGCAGAGCGAGGGCAAGAGGCAAAAAGAAGGAGCGAGCCAACGCAGCACCAAGACCACCCGACCAAGGCGAGCGACACAGACAGAGGCACACGCCGGCACCAGAGCCCGCCGCCCCCGCGCCCGGCAGGUGCCGCGCGCGCUUAAGUGAAUCAAUGAAACAAGGGGAGAGCGAAGCAAGCGACACCCCCACCCGCGCCGGAUGGAGUCUAGGCGUGUGUCUGACUUUUCGCCACUGUUUCCACCUUCGCUAUCGUUUCUGUCGCCGAGGGUUGUCUUCUUUCAGCGUGUUCGGGGUCAUAAUUGGCUUGCCUGGCGUUGGUGCGGGCGUGCUGCUUUCUGGUGCUGUGUGAGUGUCGCUGGGGGGGGUGCGUAAGUAAACACGCAGACGCAACCCGCGGAAGCAUGACUGAGGGCGGUCUGAAGUUUAAAACUUUGCUGCUUGCAAGCAUCAGCGUCCUCGCCCCGCGCCUUGCGUUUCGUCAGGCAGCACCUGCGAGCAGUCUGCGCGGCGCGACGCGUUCGGCAUGUGUACGCGGGAGGCCGUCUGAGCUUCCUCCAAAGGAAGCGGAAGCAUAGUACUGCCGCCCCCGCUUCCGUGGCUAUCGUGUUGCCAGCCUCGGGCCUUUCGUCUCUAGUACUAGCAUUUCUUUUCGUUGUGAAGUGAGCAUGCCAUCAACUUGUCUAGAAUCCGUGGUGAUGGCAUCCACAUCCACCUAAACAGAUUCAGUCGAGUUUUGCGACCAGUUACUUAUUACCAGCUAUGCCAAUGACAAUUAUGUCUAUGACUGUAUAUAUGAAUAUGAUAAAAGACGAGUCCUACCAAAUAAUUACUCAGAAGUAACGUCAUUCGCAGUCUCCUUCUCCUACUCCUUCAGCCAUAGCAGACAAGAUCGCUGACGGGUCAGUAAAACGGGAAGAUGUUUGGGUUACGGGAAAACUCUGGAACACGUUUCACAGGAAGCAGUUCGUGGAAGAAGCAGUAAAAUGCAGCCUUCGGGAUCUUCAACUCGAAUACCUUGACCUUUUUCUGAUUCAUUGGCCGGUCGAUUUUAAAUGCAGGUAUUACUGCUUGUUCUCCUAACUUCUACUGUUCGUGACUCCAGAACAUAUGCUUUUGAUCUUGAUGGUCGUGCGAUCACAGUGGACAAAAGAAACAGUACGGCCAACACAAUGACAAUCCAGAUAUCUUCAACUUGUUCAUCUUCGUGUAGAACAUUUCAUGUACUCAACACUAACAUGAUAAUGAACGAUCCUCUAUCUUCAUUUUUUUAGUUGGACUCCGGGCGAGCAGAUAUGUUUCGACGCGAGAAAGGCUUUUCCUAUUAAGGGUAGAUAAAAGGUGUUUCUGUGACCGUUCGUUUUGCCUUUCUGAAGAGGGAAAGGCAUAACGAACGGGGUAAAAGAACACAGAGAGCCGAUCUCUAACCCUAAAUUGGAAACCGGCAAAAUGGAACUAGAUGAAGUGGAUCUUACGGAGACUUGGGAAGCGCUUGAGGCUUGCGUGGACAAAGGCUUGCUUAGGAAUAUAGGACUCAGCAACUUUAACGAAAAACAGAUCGAGCAGGUAAAGAAACUGCAUUGAUAUUUUUCUCUUGAUGAAAAUCAAGAUGGACAUCGACAUUGAAAGCAACAGGAUAGAAUUAGAAGGAAAAGCAACUACAACUACAUAUAAAUUCUACUUUCACCGUAAUACUCCUUCCAUUUACUGCAUAAACAUUAAUUACUACUAGAAGCACAUUUUCAUUAUCAAAAAUUUUCAGGUCCACACAACUGCGCGCGUAAAGCCCACAGUUCUACAAGUAGAGUGUCACCCCUUUUUGCAGCAAGCAGAGCUGUUGAAAUUCUGUGCCGCGAAAGAAAUAGCCGUAACCGCUUAUUCCCCAUUAGGGGGUAGCACGAAUGAUAAGCCCGAAAACAGCCCAACGCCGCUCGCAGACCCUGUUGUGCAGGAGAUCGCCGCUACGCACGGAAAAAACGCAGGCCAAGUAUGCAUCAAGUGGUGCUUGCAGCGUGGCGUCAUUGCGGUUCCAAAGAGUGUAUCGCCUUCUCGGAUAGCAGGGAAUGCAGACAUGUCAGGCUGGGCACUCACGGAAGCAGAUAUGGCGAAGCUCGCUGAACUCGAAAGGGGAUUUCGGAGUUGCGUGCCGCAAGUUAUGGUGGACGGCAAAAGUCUACCGCGAGACGCAGAUCAUCGUGAUUAUCCAUUUGCAUAAACAUUUCUUACUCUUAUGUCCUUUCGUCUCUUCAUGAACGAAGUAGACUGUUCUUGAUCGUAAUCAUGACAACAUAAACAUAUCGUUAUCGUAGGCUUCAGAAACAGUUUGAGUUUUCUCGAAAUUUGUGCGCCCAUGGCAUGCUUUAAAUGAGGUACCCAGUACGCAACAUGAGGGACGUCAGGACGUCACCGCGGCCGCGUGCCAGGAAAAUCAUAUUUAUAUAACACUCUCAGUUUCUGUUUCAGAGUCAAACAUAGGUAAUCGCUGUAAAAAACAUCGCUUUAUCAUUGAUGCUGACGUACACCGAAAGACCGUGC